GAUGUCGUCAUCUGUUCGACGUGGCGACUUGACGUAACAUUACGUGUAGGGCCAGAGGAGGGAGGGAUUGGGCUUUAGGGAUUUUAUCUGCAUACUGUGCUCGGUUCUACCCGGGGAUGCUAACGGAAUCACGACUACAAUCAUGCGUUCAUCAACAGACGAAAAAUAAACAUUGUAACGGUGUUAUUCCGUUUAUAAUAGUAAUAUUUUAUGAAAUACCGUGCAGAAUAAGCAGCAACAUUUGACAUUUUGGGAGACUGGACCUACACAGCAGACCACCACCAUGGCAGACAGUUUUAUGGGCAAGGCAGCUACCAUGGAGAUUCCUAUCAACAGCAAUGGAGAGACCCUGGCUGAGGAUGACAGUUUGGAGCAGGCUGCAAAGAUUCAGUGGACCUUAGAUGAGAAGGACUUGCAGCAGGUGAUGGUGUCUGGUCCCAACCUGAAUGAGACCAGCGUCGUGUCUGGAGGCUAUGGAGGACCUGCAGGGGGCAUCAUACCCACCUCCUCCAUCAAAGGCCCUGCUAUCCGCUUCAACCCUCAGUAUGUGGACAGGAGAAGCCCCCCUGCCCCUAACUGUGCCCCUGUCCCUGGAGCCGAAUCUCAGCCCACAGACCUGCGAAUGAAGUCCAGGGGACAGGGUGUAGGUCUGGUCUCCAGCCAGUCAGCAGCCAGAAUGAUAACCAACCAGAACCAGACCGGCCAGACAUUCACAGGAUCGGGGAUGCACCACAGUAACAGCAACCAGAACAUGUCAGUGGAGGAGGCUAACCGUGGUGUGGCUGUGGAGAAACUAGACAGCGUUAAGAAGUGGGGCAUCAACACCUACAAGUGUACCAAGCAGAUGUUCUCUGAGCGGUUCGGCCGUGGUUCUCGGACGGUGGACCUGGAGCUGGAGGCCCAGAUAGAUGUGCUCAGGGACACCAAGAGGAAGUACGAGUCUGUCCUGAGACUGACCAGCGCCCUGACCAGCCACUUCUACAACAUGGUCCAGACCCAGCAGGCCUUGGGGGACACCUUCGCAGACCUCAGCCAGAAAUCACCUGAACUUCGGGAUGAGUUUGGCUACAAUGCGGAGACCCAGAAGUUGUUGUGUAGGAAUGGGGAGGCUCUGCUUGGUGCCAUCAACUUCUUUGUGUCCAGCAUCAAUACACUGGUCAACAAGACCAUGGAGGACACACUGAUGACCAUCAAACUGUACGAGGCUGCAAGGCUGGAGUUUGAUGCGUACAGGGCCGACCUGGAGGAGUUGAGUCUGGGUCCUCGUGAUGCUGCCACCAUGGUGCGUAUAGAGGUGUCCCAGCAGCAGUACCAGGUGCAGAGAGACAAGUAUGAACGGCUGCGCUCAGAUGUCACCAUCAAACUCAAGUUCCUGGAAGAGAACAAGGUGAAGGUGAUGCACAAGCAGCUGCUUCUCUUCCAUAAUGCUAUCUCAGCCUACUUCGCUGGGAACCAGCAGCAGUUGGAACAGACACUGAGACAGUUCAACGUCAAGUUAAAGCCCCCAGGGUCAGACAAGCCCUCCUGGCUGGAGGAGAGCUAGAGUGAUUAGCUCCCAGUCCUCUGGGCCUGUAUCAAGCAUCUCCGAGUAUGAAUACUGAUCCAAGAACAGUUUUGCCUUUUAGAUCAUAAUGAAUCAGAUUAUAUGGACAGGCAGGACUUGAUCUUAGAUCAGCACUCCUACUCUGAGAUGCUUGAUACGUACGGCCCCAGGUCUCAGUCAGGUCUCUGGUAUAUAUGGGACACACAGAUGGAGAGACACACUGGGCUUUCAAGAAACAAGAGGACUGGAUAGACGGAUGAACAGAUAUAUGAAAUCUACACGAACUGUAUAUAAAAACCAGAGAUGGGACAAGUAGAGACUAGUGAUGAUGAUACUAAGGGAAAACGAACGCUUAUCUAGUUUAAUUUAGUUUUGACAAUUUGUUUGAACGUCUAUUUUAUGUCGAUUUGUUGUGUUAUUUAUUCACAACAGAGCCUCAUGAUAUUGUUGCUGUGUAGCGUAACUUUUAAUUCAUCUUACUUUGAGAAAUUAUUCCAAGCUUAUACUUUGCACAUAAAUGUAAUCAUUCUUUUCAAACUGUUUUCACUCUUUUGUAAAGUGUUAUGUAGAAAAGCUUCCAGAGGUCGUCAUUUGAAAGGUCAGUAAACUGUUUACAUAUGUAGAGGAUAUUAAGAAUCUGGACCGGUUACAUUGUUUGCACCAGAUGAAGAUUAGUUAGAUUUAUGAAAGCGAAGGGAGAAAACUACAGUCUGGGAUACUAUUGAUGACAGAAAUUAUGGGUUAAAGGGGCAAUCCUGGAUUUGUAAAACAAGCAGUCAAGUAUCAAUGGCUAUAUAUCAUGAAUUUAAGUCAAAAAAUUGAUUUGUACCAAUUCCAGAUUGCCCCUUUUUCUAUCAAUGAUUUUGAGUACAGGAAGUACGACUUUCAUUUACAAUAGAUAAUCUCCCUCUGAUUAAUCCUACAGAUAAUGUUAUUACACGUGUUUAUUAUGUUAUGUCUUUAUAACAUAUAAUCAAAUAGAGUUAAUAUAUGUUUAUAAAAAUACCUCUACUAAUUCCAUUCAGAUGUAUAUGUUCUUCAGUUUUUCUUCUCCCAUUUCUACAUCAAUGUUGUCUCCAUUUUAAAACAUAUGGACCUGGUGUACAGUAUAUGAAAUGAUGGUGGUUUAUAGUAUAUGGUUUGAUGUUUCCAUACAGACUUGAUAUUUCCCCACAAAAGCUGUACAGUAAUAACACGUCCAUCUGCUGUCCACUGAGUAUAUUGUAGUCAUCACCUGUAUAAGUACUGUACCAUAUUGUGUUCACACAUUUACAUGGCAAUACAAUCCAAAACAUGGCUGAAAAAUGACUGGUA